UAACAAUAGACUAUCAUAAUAUAAAAAAUCUGACUCACGUCCAAUUUGAAUAUGAAAAAAUAAAAACUUUUGGUACGUUCUUUGAGGCUUUUGCAUGAUCAAAGGUACAUUUCUGUAUUUAAAGUGUCACGGUUUCAUUGAGUUGACUAUUUUGUCUGGUAUAACUUUAUACCCGGAUAUUAGAGGUAAUUAAAAAAAUGUUCAUUUGAAAGUUCAACACACUAAUAUAUACAACAUUUAAUUAAUUCAAUUUCUCAAAAAAUAUUGAUGGUAAUCACAAAAAUUAAUGCUAACGGCAAAAACAAAACGUACUCUACGAAAAAGGCGUAGGAAAAGAAGUUUGGAAAAAAAUAUUUAAAUCCAAGUUUUUGCAAUCGAAACAUAUUGAUACUGCAUGUUGCAUGUCAGUAAGUCGUGACCAGCACAUGUACAAAGGAGAGCAUGUAUAAAAAAAAGUGUGCAUGUGAACUGUUUGUACAAUAUAAUUCAAUUUGAGGUUAAGGUUCUCUGUUAGUGUUAGUGCAUGUGUGUUCGUUGUAGUGAAGAUAACAUUUUUUAUUUAGAAUUUCAUCAAUAAUAGGCAUACUUUUGCAUACUGUCUUGAAGAAUCACUUAUUUAACUGAAAGGACUUGCAGUUACUGUUGAAGGACAUCAAGAAUGUUCGUGCGGAGACAUUUCUCUCACUUGUGUUAAAGUGUUUUAGGUGCUAAUAGACUAUGGUUGUAUUUGUAUUCAAAUAAAUGAAUACAGUGAAGGCUAGUAUUUUUAGGUGCAAUUGUGUAACAGUGUCGUGCGUAAUAUUUUCUCUCCAUUAUUUAGUCCGAAGUUACAGUUUUAUAAAAAUGGUUACUUUGGCUCCCCCACUUGCAGUCAGAGGAAUGAAGAAACUUGAUCGUGACCGUUUCGCUCAGACUAUAGACAUUCCCUGUCUCCGUGUCAAAAGUAGUUCAGUCGGGACUCUGACAGGAUUGUUGAAGAGAUAUCUUCUUAAGAUGCGUAGCUUCAAGGCGAUUCGGCCAGUGUGCAGUGAAAAUGGAGUGGUAGAGGACAUCAGAGAAGUGGUUCUUGAUCCAAGGAUUAUUACAAGUUUCGGUGAUUUCACUGUUCAGGAUCGGGAACUACUGGGACAGAUGGGGAUCGAUGAAUCAUCUUUUAAACAAGGUCAGCUUGACUUAACCUACGACAACUGGGCUGCAGACGAUGUGUUAGCUGCAGUGUUACCAGAGGGGGUGGAGACUGCUGCAGGCUAUUCUCUGAUAGGACACAUUGUCCAUGUUAAUCUUCGGGAACACCUGCACGAGUACAAACAUGUCAUCGGUGAGGUGUUGCUCGACAAGAUCAAACAGGCUCGGACUGUCGUUAACAAGGUGGACACCAUAGACAGCACGUUCAGAGUGUUCAACAUGGAGGUGUUAGCCGGCGAGCCAGAUUUUGUCACAGAAGUCAAAGAGAACUCGCUCCGCUUUAAGUUUGACUUUUCCGCUGUCUACUGGAACUCCCGGUUGGGCACUGAGCACGAACGUAUUGUCAAAAAAUUAAGUUCUGGAGAUGUGCUCUAUGACGUAUUUGCUGGAGUCGGUCCUUUCUCAAUUCCAGCAGCAAAGAAAAAAUGCUUUGUUCUGGCCAAUGAUUUGAACCCAGAGUCUUAUAAAUGGCUUCAAAAGAAUGCAAAAUUAAAUAAAGUUGAAGAGUUCAUAACAGCUUUUAACAAAGAUGGAGCAGACUUUAUAAAAGAAGAAGUAAAGAAUCAUAUUCUUGAGCAUAGGGGAGAGCAAAGGUCACACAUUGUAAUGAAUUUGCCUGCUAUUGCAGUUAGUUUUCUACCAGCCUUCAAGUAUCUGUUCUCAAUGGACCAGUUAAAACAAAUUAGAAUGUUACCAUUGAUACAUGUCUAUUGUUUUGUAAAAGGAGAAGGUAACAGUAAAGAAAUGGCUACAUCAUUAGUUGAAGACCAGUUGAAUUGCUCUAUUUCAGAAGCAGUCAGUGAGGUUUUCUUUGUACGCAAUGUUGCUCCCAACAAGGAUAUGAUGAGGGUUUCUUUUCACUUGACAGAAUCCAUGGUUCUAGGUGGGAAACGGCCUUUAGAACUGGAGACAGGUGUGAAAGAAAAGGAAGUUAAGAAAACCAAAUAACACUGAAAUUAUAAUUUUAUAACUAUAUUUAGUCAUUUUAUUAAGAAAUUAAAGAACAAUAAUUUUGAUUUUCUGUUGAGUACUAUACAUUAAAUUGUGAGGUGCAAUUAUUUAUUGAAGCAUAUUGAAUUUCUGUCAUAGGUGUUGAACAACAAUGGCAAAGGGAGGUAAACAGAAAGGGA